AUGCAGAGGACAGAAGAGACCAAUUUACUGCUGGUGGUGGACUACAUCCAAGGAAAGACAGCACAGAUGGGUGUCUCAGUGUCUGGGUGCGAGAACCAGCAGCCUCUGGAUGGUGUACCAGACAGUGACCAUGAAGAACAGUCAGUCUCUGUCAGCAGCAUGGGACAGCAUCUAGGAAAGAAGGAGGCCGACAGCAAGGCUCCGUCACCUGAACCCAAAGCAGACCCUGCAGGAACGACAGCAGUGACCGAAACACAAGAUGAAGUUUUCGGCCUGGGCGCCGCAGAUGCCAACCAGAACAAUGGCUGCGUCUCGGAGAAGCCGGCGGUGACUGACUCCGAGGGCCCCCGCCAGCCCUGGAUCAUCGCCAGCACAGCUGACCCUGACGCCGCCACACCACGCCCCCACCUGGUCCGCCUCUUCUCCCGAGAUGCCCCGGGCCGAGAAGACAACACCUUCAAAGACCGACCCUCCGAGUCGGACGAGCUGCAGACCAUCCAGGAGCACAGCGGAGCGGCUUCGGAGUGCGGGUCGGAGAGCCCUGAGCAGGACUUAGAAUAAGCUGACUUUUUAUUCCUCCCUUU